CUUUCGCUCGAGACGACGCCAAAGCUCGCAGCUUUCUGACUCUCGCGCACGGGAAACGCAGUGCCCGUUGUCCGUCUCUCUCUCUCUCUCUCUCUCUCCCUUUCCCUUCGCUCUCGUUCUUUCUCUAAGGUUUGCACAGAAAACAAAGCGCAGUGUUUGCAUGCGUCCAGAGUCAACUGUUCAGACUUUGGCCUUCUUUCCACAUGAUCCCCACUCCCGGCUACACAGCCUCCCACUGCUCUCCAACCACCCCCCCACAUGGAGAGAAACAUCUCAUAAAUUCUUUGAACCAUCCUCUGCAACAACUGUAAUCGAGAAGGUCUUUGUUCUCAAGAAACAAUGAAGCAAGAGCUCUCCACAACUGAUCACAAGGCCUCCUCGCCAGCACCUGCAGCUCGAGCAAGAAUUUCCAGAACAAGGGAUAACCCGAGAAGAGAUUUAGCAAAUGGGGUCUCUCCAGGCUUGAAAACGAGGCCAAAGGUUGUUCCUUUAGAAGCAAACACCACCCAAAGAGUUAGAAGAUCUAUUCAGCUAAACAAGACGAAGCUGGGGGCCGAUGAAGUGGAAGCUCCUAAGGAAAGAGAGACUGAGGAUUCAAAGAUUACCAGCCGGCCAGGAAACCGAGUUGUCGAGCAGUAUGCUCGGUUGCGGCGGCAGGGAGAUACUCAUUGCAGGGGCUCUGAAGAUGAAGCUGGUGGGAAGACAAAAGAAUUGCAGAGGAAGCUUGAUGAGAAAGAGAGAUUGGUGAAGGAGUUGCAGUCUGAAAUGGUGGGGCUGAGAGCCCAGAUAGAGAAGCUGCAGGGCGUUAAUCUUCAGCUGGAAUCGCAGAAUAAGAAGCUUGGGGAAGAUCUCUUGGAUGCCGAAGGCAAAAUCAGAGCGCUCCAGAGGAGUGAGCAGGUGGUAUCAGUCGGUCAGGAAGCCAAGACUUCUGGAUUUAGGGAUGUCCAGAAACUCAUAGCAAGUAAGUUAGAUCAGCAUAGACUAAAGGAUGUCGUCAAGGAAGAUACAUCUGUGAGAAUACAGUCUUUGGCAUCCGAAUCUAGGACAAAAGUUGUGGAAAACCAACCACAAGUUUUGAAGCAAGAGCCCUUUUCACCUGCUCCAACUCUGUGUACGCGUACCUGUGGGCCUCCUGCACCACCACCGCCACCACCACCCCGCAUAGUCCCUGCAAGACAAAAUACGGUGCAAAAGGCUACAGCAUUAGUUGAAUUAUAUCAUUCCUUAACAAAGAGAGAUGGAAAGAAGGAUCCCGUGGGAAAUGGGAAUUCUUCUAGUCCUGUUGCUGGUAAUGCACAUAACAGCAUAGUUGGUGAGCUUCAAAACCGAUCAGCUCAUUUGUUAGCGAUUAAAGCAGAUGUAGAAACAAAAGGAGAUUUUAUCAGACAGCUCAUACAGAAAGUUCAGUCUGCGGCUUACAUGAAUAUGGAAGAUGUCCUGGUGUUUGUUGAUUGGCUUGAUGGACAGCUCGCUACAUUGGCUGAUGAGAGCGCUGUUCUGAAGCAUUUUAACUGGCCUGAAAGGAAAGCUGAUGCAUUGAGAGAAGCUGCUUGUGAGUACCGUGAUCUCAAACAGGUAGAAGCCGAAGUUUCUUCUUUCAAGGAUGACACGUCCAUGCCAUGCGAUGCCACCCUGAAGAAGAUAUCAAACUUGCUAGAUAAGUUGGAGCGAAGCAUGCACAGAUUGAUUAAGUUGAGAAAUACUUCUAUGCUACCUUACAAAGAGUGCAAAAUUCCAACAGACUGGAUGCUCGACCCCGGAAUGGUGAGCAAGCUAAAGCUGGCCUCUGUGAAGCUUGCAAAAGUGUACUUAAAGAGAGUAUCAAUGGAGCUUGAAUCAGUUCGACAUUCAGAAAGGGAAUCAGCACAGGAGGCGCUUGUGUUCCAGGGUGUUCGUUUUGCUUAUCGUGUGCACCAGUUUGCUGGAGGUCUCGACUCUGAGACGAUGUGUGCUUUUGAGGAACUUAGAGAGCGGAUUCAAUCAAAAGGAAGAGGAUCAAAGGAUCUGCUUCCGAUUACCGCAAUGUCUUGACAUAGCGUCAGAGGUUCUCAGAAAUAAUUUAAGGUGGAAGGCAAGCUGGGGGUGACAUAUCGAAGGAGUUGCUUGAAAUGUUGUAAAAUGAUAAUACAUGCAAGAUAGUUGGAAAGGUAACUAGUUGUUUUAGGAGUUUGGAUUUGGUUGUCAGAACUGAGGAGCAUUAUCUGUAGUUCAUAAUAUGUUGGCUCAUUUGAGACCCAAUUAGACACUUAUGUGGUGGGGACCUGGAGCUUUGUCAGAGGAGUACAGUAAAUUGCAACAUUGGACCUCCAAAUAAGUUAUAUAUUGUGAGCCUCAUAGCAUCUAUUUGGACAAAACUGCUGUGCUAGCUUUUCCAUACUUGUGAAAGUUUUUCCUUGGACUUGUUUUAAGUCAGUGGCACAAGGGUAGCUACCUUUAA